AUGCCGGCCGGGGUUUCAACGAAGGAAUAUGUGAAAUUCAUGGCGGCGGCCCUGUUUUCCAUGUUUGCUGGUUCGCAGCUCGUUCACACGUACUACAAUCCGCUGAAGGAUCUAAAUUAUUACAUCGAGAAGGAAAUUAGGUCGCGACAGUUACGGGAAGUCCAACAACAAAAUGCAGUAAAAGGUGACAAUGAUGGUGGAAUAAAAAAGUAAUAUAAUAGUUUA